GAAUGUCAAAUUUUGUUAGAUAAUUAAUGUGUGGCCAUGGUUGUUGGGAUUUUGGUUAUUAUACACAGAGUCAUAACUCUAAGAAAGCAAAUGGUUCGUGUUAAUUUCCACGCACAUGAAAUCUGUAAAUUUCGUAGUGAUUUGGGACUAUUUGACUCAAAAGUAGAGCAAGAAAAGAAAUGGCAUACCGUAGUCAACAAGUAAAUUGUAAAGAAAAUGAGUUCCAUGGGGCAAAUAUAAUGGAGGGCUAAGCCUUUGUUUUUUACCUCUUCUGGAAAAUGGGAAAGUUUUCCUUUCUGUUUUCUUUCUUGUUGUUUUCUCUAAUAGUUGCUGGAAAGCAUGGAACUCAAAGAAAUGUGGGCUCAAAAAUGAUUGGUGGUGGAAAGGGCAGAAUAGGGGCCAUUGUAGACUGUAGUUCUAGGAUUGGUAAAGAACAGAGUUUAGCCAUGCGGAUGGCUGUAGAGAGUUUUAACUCCAACGAUCAAAAUUUCAGUCUUGUCAUCAGAGACUCCAAAAGUGAUCCCUAUCAGGCAGCUCUUGCAGCUGAAGAUCUGAUCAGUAGGCAACGAGUACAGGUUCUUAUAGGGCCACAAACCUGGGAAGCAGUUUUUGUAGUUGCCAAGGUUGGAAAUAAGAAUCAGAUACCGAUACUGGCGUUGGCUAAUGACAUGCCAAAGUGGGCAACUGAGAGGUUGGAUUUUUUGAUCCAAGCUUCUCCAUCCCAGUUGAAUCAAAUGAAAGCCAUAGCUGCUAUUAUUGGUUCGUGGGAUUGGCAUCUGGUUAAUGUUAUAUAUGAAGAAGGAGAUUUCUCGACCGUGGACAUAUUUCCUUACCUUGAGCAUGCUCUCAAAGAUGUAGGAGCUGAAAUAAGUGAAUUUGUUGGUCUCCCCCAUUUUGAUUCUAAUUUAUUAUCCACUGAACUUGAGAGGCUAAGACGAGGGCCAAGUAGAGUUUUUGUAGUUCAUAUGUCUUUCAAGUUGGCAUUGCAUCUAUUUCAUACUGCAAAAGACAUGGAAAUGAUGGGAAAUGGUUAUGUUUGGAUCACUACUGAUUCUUUCACAAGCCUUGCACAUUCUUUGAAUGCUUCUACCAGUUCUUCACUACAAGGAGUUAUUGGAGUCAAGAGUUAUUUCCCGGAAAUCAACCCUCUAUUUCAUAAUUUUUAUAUUCAGUUCUGUAGAAGGUUUAGAUUAGAGCAUUCUGACGAGUACAACCACGAGCCUAGUAUUUUUGCGGUACAGGCUUAUGAUGCCACAAGAACAGCAGCUAUGGCAAUGAGUGAAACCCGAGAAACAGGUCAUCACUUGUUGGAAUCAAUCAAGCUCACUGAUUUUCAAGGAUUGGGUGGAAAGGUUCAGUUUAAGGACAGAAAAUUAGCCCCAGCCAAUACUUUUCAGAUCGUCAAUGUUGUGGGGAGAAGUUAUAGGGACUUAGGCUUCUGGUCUGACGAAUUAGGCUUCGCACGAGAAUUGGGGGGAAAUUCGUCUGCCAACUUGUCAAUGAAGUAUCUUGGUCAAGUGUUUUGGCCAGGUGGAUCUACAGAUACUCCAAGGGGAUGGGCUGUACCGACAGAUGCCAAUGAGUUGAGAAUUGGUGUGCCGACUAGUCCCAUGUUCAAGCAGUAUGUAAAUGUGGAAGGAGAUCAAACAGGAAACAAUUUAUCCGUCAAUGGACUUGCAAUCGAUUUAUUUAAAGCAACCUUAGACCAUCUGCACUUCCCUCUGCUACACAAGUUCUUCGCUUACAAUGGAACUUAUGAUGAUUUAGUGAAGAAAAUCUAUUUGAAGGAAUUCGAUGCAGCAGUAGGUGACAUAGCAAUAGUAUCAACGCGUUACGAACAUGCAGAAUUUACACAUCCUUACACUGAAGCAGGACUUGUGAUGAUUGUUCCUACCACAAAAAAUAGAAGUAAUAGAGCAUUGUUUUUCACAAAGCCCUUUACAGUGACCUUGUGGAUCAUAAUUGCUGUGGUAAACGUGUAUAAUGGCUUUGUUGUUUGGUUCAUAGAACGAAAUCAUGGUCCUGAACCUGAAGGUUCGAUGUUUAAUCAUGCUGGAACCAUACUCUGCUCUUCCUUCACCACUUUCUUCUCCUUGCAUGGUAACAGGCUGCACAGUAACUUGUCGAGGAUGACCAUGAUGGUUUGGUUAUUUGUAGCACUCGUGAUAACUCAGAUAUACACCGCCAAGCUUACUAGCAUGCUCACUAUUCAACAGCUCGAACCGACUAUAUCGGAUAUUGAAACUCUCCAUAGAAUGAAUGCAUUUGUGGGAUACGGCAGAGGAUCCUUUGUCAAAGGAUAUCUGGAGCAAGUUCUACACUUUCCUACAGAAACCAUAAAAAACUACUCUACCCCAGAGGGUUUAGCUGACGCUCUCAGAAAUCAAGAGAUAGCAGCUACUUUUCUUGAAGUUCCCUUUGCAAAACUAUUCCUUGCAAGAUAUUGCCUGGAGUUCAAGAUUGCUGGGCCGACCUACAAAGUUGGAGGAUUUGGAUUUGCGUUUCCGAGAGGCUCUCUGUUGUUACCAUAUAUCGACGAAGCAUUGCUUAAAGUAUCUGAAACUGGGAAGUUUAGAGAGAUGGAGGACAGCAUGAUUGCUAAUGAGAAAUGUGAGGAAGGGGAAGGGAAAGAUAGAAUUACAAGCCUCAGUCCCAAUAGCUUCUUUUUUCUGUUUUUGUUGAGUGCAGGAGUAUCAACAAUAGCACUCGCCUUGUACUCCUUCAAUGCUCGUAACUCAAAUCUUCAGCGAAUCACUGUUUGGAGAUUAUUAAUGGUAGCUGCAAUGAGACACUGGGGAAGCAACAGAACUCGAUUCUUGCGACUGAGAAGGGACGAGUCUCGAACCAUCUUAAAUAACAUGGGAAUUCAAGUCUAGAGAACUGUAUUUAGCUUCCAUGUAACUUGAAGUGUUGGUAGUUCUAGAGCUCCCCCAUCUUUGUAAUGGAGAUUAGAAGAAGAUUGAACUCCAUCACACAGAUGAGGGAGCUCUAGUAAAAAUUAAGUGUUUGAUCCAAAUAACAUGUGGUUUCUCCUGAUUGAAUGUUUCCUCUGUGCCUUUCCCAACACCAGGGUCUCAAUAUGAGCUUAGCACCGGAUAGCGUAACAGCCUAAGCCCACGCUAGCAUAUAUUGUUUUUUUA